CGGCUGUGCUGCCUCCUUGCCUUGCCUUGCCUUGCCUUGCUUUCUUACAUAGUCAAAUUCCCUGUUCGCACUUCUCGUCUCAUCUCGUCUCAUCUCGUCUUCUCUCCUGCCGACUUCUCGCCACGUGUGCACUUCAUAUCUAGACUCUCUCACCUGCCGCGCAUCCGUCUAUUUGCCCAAAGCUAUCGCUUACCUUACUACCCCUCCAGUCCGGGGUACAUCACAGCCAGUGACAUCAACUUCUGGAUAGGACUCCCAAACAUCACCACACAUCAAUAAUGGCUGGAGAGAACGAGUCGAACUCACCUGGCGUCGAGCGCAACGAGGCGCCUGCGGGUGGCGAGCAUUUAAACAUCAAGGUCACCGACAACAACAACGAAGUAUUCUUCAAGAUCAAGCGCUCCACUAAGCUCGAAAAGCUCAUGACCGCUUUCUGUGAACGCCAGGGCAAGAACGUCGACUCGGUCCGUUUCUUGUUUGAGGGCCAGCGUGUCCAAAAGACCGACACACCCGACUCCUUGGAGAUGACCGACGGUGACACGCUCGAAGUUCACCAGGAGCAAGUCGGUGGUUGCUGCUGAUCCUACACCACAACCCACCACCGACACUCUUGACAAGAACCCAACCAAGUAUUGUUGUCAAGAGGAUCUCACUACUGUGCAGGCGUCUCGAUUAUAGACGCGACUUGGUCGAUUGAAGUGAUUGAUAGAAAUAAAUGCCGCGAGCAGCUACCUAAACUUUACAGGCUCGGGCAUGAGUAAUUGAAACGCGGGGGAAGAGGGGAUAGAUGGCAGAAAGCACAGGUUUCACAGAUAAGCAAAAGACUUCCAUUACACACACCUAUGCAGUCUGGACACGCGAGUUAGUUACGCUUAGUACAGACGUUCCUUCAUGGUCCGAACCUGCAUCUUAUACCCUCAUCCCAGACACGGGGCGUUGAAUGGUUGUUUUUUCCACCCAGAUAGUGUUGUUAAUCUGUCUCUGUCAUCAUGAAGAGGAGUUUGCGUUCUCUUUAAUGUCGGAUAUGACUGAAUAUGAUCCAGCAUGCGUUACGCUUUCCUACACAAGAUAGAUAUGCAAUCCAUAUUCUUGUUGUGCAA